GCUUUAUAAUCCACUAAAUCCCCUUCGCAUGGUGUGAGUUACUCAUAUUUGAUAUUUUGAUUCGGUUCUCUAGGCCGAGAUAGCGUACCGAGAGCCGAGCUCAUUCGUAAGACAUCGUGCAAAUCUGGUUUGACGAAUCAGAAUCUUGAUAGUGGGGAUAAGCAAGCGGAUUGGGCUUCUUUCUUCAACGUCAAGCCGAAGCCGAAGCCGAAGCCGACCUAGCAUUCGCUGCCUGUCCUGACAAACCCUAUCUUAGACUUCGAACCAGUUCAUGUCGGAGUCAAAGCUCUUGAUUCACGGCUUCGGAUUGCUUUCAUAGAAUCUCCUUGUAGUUACAUGUCUUUCUUAAUCUCGCCCUCUCGAUGAACGACCAUACGAACCCGCCACUGCUUCUACGCCGUAACGGUCGGCCUCAAGCAUGUGAUCCCUGCCGUAAACGUAAGCUGGCCUGCGACCAUACACGGCCUGUUUGCAGUCGUUGUAAGAAGAGAAAGCAGGAUGACGAAUGCGUGUAUCUCUUGUCGGGUUCAAGGAUAUUGACAUCCAAGAGCCCACUACCAUCUUCAGCACCUUCUACACCGCUCCUAUCACCGAGGCGCGGAAGUCUUCAGCAUUCUCAAAAUAGCUCGACUUUGACACCUGACGCUCAGGUUUCAGGCCUCACUCGGCCUGGCUACCUUGGCCCAACCAGUUACUGUAAUAUCUAUGAAGAUACCGAAAAUAGCCUUUCACUCCUUCAAGGAGCGCACAGAGUCGCUACCCAAUCUGAGAGCGUCGCUCGCCAUACUCCUAUUGAAGGCUCCCAGACCAAUAUUUCUGCCAGAGUUCGUGAUAUGGCACUUUCAGUGCUACGUAAUAUACCCGAUCCCAUCCAGGGGGGUACCCUGCGCUUCAAUCCCGGGAGUGACGGCUGGAUACGUAGUAUUGCAGAGCCAGUGGUCAAGUCAUUAUAUGAGACUUUCGGUGAUUAUUUCAGCACGGGAAACCGACCGACUGCUAAAUUGGAGGAACUCGCUCGGAUUAUCUGUGCCAAUACUUUGAAGCCGUUUUCAGACGACGAAUCUGACCCGGACAAAUGGUUCGGCCAAUUCUUGGGGAAGAACAUACGCUGGGAGUUAAUAGGAAUACUCUCCAUAUUUUGGGAGUUCGUUCCUGGUUCAGACGUAGACUUCUGGAAAGGGAAGCGUUCCGCGGAGUUUGACCGUGGAUUUCGCAUAGCAAGGGAGAACAUGCAUCUGAGCCUCGAUUUAUGUAAAGAAUUGUCUGCCGGAAACUCUAUGAUGCUCUGUUUAAGUCAGAGAUGUACCAUUGUGGAUUCUAUGCUUGUAGGCGAUGCUGAUUUGCUUGUAUGGAGGACUCACGCGGAGACGAUUUCAUUGCUUACUUUCCUCGGGUUUCACGCCGUAGAAGAAAAAGACCGACAUCAAACAUCCUUAUCGACCGAGAUCAAGAAGAGGAUUUUUCAUAAUACGUUCUCUAUAGCCAUGGACGUUGUCUCUUUUACCGGGAGACCUCCAUUAAUUAGUUCUCGGUACUCGUCGACGCCUCUUCCGCUCGAUAUUAGUAACGAAGAUUUAUUGUCUGACCAUGAUACUUUCAUGAAAGCUAUUUCACGUCUGGACGAAGAAGGUUGGAAUACCGACGGGGAGAUAUAUCCUUCUACUCAUAUUCGCGCCCGAGCAAUCAUCGCAUUAAUCCGCGAAGAAAUAUUCGAAAUUGCUCUCGGCCAUAGACAAAAUACGCUUCGGAACCCAUUUUCUGUUGAGACUUUGCUUCAACUUCGAUCUCGCGAGCUUUCGGCAGUUGCAGCAUUCCCUUCAUGCUUGCACUUCGAUCCUCUUGAAAUUGAUAACCUAGAGGUUCCCAUAAACCACCUAUCUGUGAGGUUAUUUAUAGAGCAAGAGCAUCUACAGAAUAUGUUUUUUAUUGAAAGACUCCUGCUUCGAUUCGGUCAUCAAGACAAGGGCGAUUUAUUGAAAGUCAGCUAUGACUUAGUUACUCAGACUUUACCUUAUUAUCUACAUUUAGAUAGGCUGCCAUCUUUCAGGAACGGCUGUGAAUGGCUUGUCAUGGCUUAUGCUGUUCCUGCAGGCGGUAUACUCUGUUUAGAACUUCUAAAACCCACCCUCCAUUUGAGGCCCCAUAGCGACUCUAGAAUCACUCGCUCUAACAUCAUCCAGAAGUUGAGUCUCCUUGUCGCAUUUCUCAACUGGGUCAGUCCGUCAGCACCGAACGGAUAUUUAUGCAACGACGCUAAAUCAGUAAUACAACGGGUUCUGGACCAGACGUUAAAUACUGCAUCGAGCAUAUAUGAACCUCCCGCGGUAUUUCAAUGGGAUUCACCAACACAGUUAGACUUCAAUUUUGACCUCCUCGAUACGUUCGACUGGAUUCGCCCGGAUUUCCCUUCAAGUCAGCAGUCAAAUCAAUAAGACAUUCGGUAUUCAUAGUCUUACAAUUUAGAAGAUGCUUAGAAAAAAGCUGGGUACUUUUCAUGCCAUAUAUUUAAUAGACAAUAGGUAGACGAUAACUAGAUGAUCUAUGAAUUAGCUUCAGGGUCGUGCGUUGUAAAGUGCUACCUCCCUAUCGAUAGAAAAGCCAAGACGGCAUAUUUUGUACCCACUUACACGAAUUGAAUGUAACCAUCGUUAGUGUACGUAGACCCCUGAAUGCGUUUAAUUACACCUUGAAUAGCGCCUAAACCUG